AUAAUGUUAAUAGAUCUAUCUUGAUGUCUAUUUUGUGCUUAUUAUGUUUUUAACAAAAUUGUAUACUUUUUUUGUCUAAUUAAUGGGUUAAAUAUUCUGUUUGACGUUUUAAACUAUUUCUAUGGCGCAGAGGGUGAUGUCACAGUAGAAGUGACGCUAAUGGAACUGUGUGUGUGUGUGUGUGUGAUUAUUUCGUCACUGCAAGAGGGCUAUAUAAGACCGCGCGAAUUCCAGAAAAUUUGUGGGUUUACAGUUAGGAGUUAUACAGAGUGAGAAUUUGAAGUUGGCGUGUUUUUUGGUCUGUUUUUGGCUUGAUAUUUGUGUGUUUUGGGCGUGUUAUUUGUGUUUUUGGGCGUUUGUUCUUCUGCGUGUUUUGGUGGUGUUUGGUGUGUUUUGUUUUGUUUUAUUUUUGUGUGUUUGGUAUCUUCUUCAUGAAGAUAUAUAGAAGGCCAAAAAAGCCCGCUGCGGUUAGCCGGCCAUUCUUUGGCUGGCUAAUCGCGCGGGUUUUUUUGGCCAUGUACAAUUGGCUGGUCUCUUUCUUGGGACGCCAGCCUAGUACCGAGCCAUUCUGCCGGGACCAUAGCGGUGAAACGGAGGUCCACCGCGGACAAUACAGCAGGCGUCCUCGGAUGCCAGCUGUGGAGCCCGCGGUGAUGCCGGUUCACCGUAUUUCGGACACCGCGAGAGAGACCUGUCCAGUGUUAAAAGCCCAGAAACCUGUUUUGAAGUUUUCUGCAGCUUCAAACAAAGGCGGUCUCAGUAAAGGACCUUCUAUGAGCUAUCCAGGAUCCCUGGGACUAACUCCUCACAAGCGUCCCACUUGUACUUCACAGCCAAGUGGGACAAAGCUAGUUGAGGAGUUCCCUCCAGGAGGUCCGUUGGAUGCUCGAGAAGGUCCUUUGUUGUCUCGCGGUUUGUCCACCCACCAAAGGUUUGCCCAGCCGAGUGGUCGAAGGCCAGGCCCGGGCAGGAUUCAGUCUGCGAAAAUCUCGCAGACUGUUACUGUGACGUAUGAGGAGGUGGAUGCGAGCUUUAGACAGAGAUCUAAUGCUCCACCAGUACGCCCCCUCAUAUGUCCGGUACCUGCCCGGGUUACCAGACGACCCAUGGCCACUCGUCCGCCCGUCCGGUCCUCAGAGGACAUCUGUUUAGCUCAGCCUGAGAUUGUGGCCGCGGGUGCGACUGGCAGAGGGCCAGCAGAGGGCCGGCAGAGGGCAGGUCGCGCACGCUCCUCUGGGGGCCGCGCCCGCUCCUCUGGGGGCCGCGCCCGCUCCUGUGGGGGUCGCGCCCACUCCUCUGGCGGUCCUGGCCCUCAGCCGGUCGUGCAGUCGGCCGGCCCUCAGCGGGUUCUGCCGUCAGGGGGUCCUUUGCCGGUCCUGCCGACGGCCGCUCCGUUGCUGGUCCGGCCGACGGCCACUGCGACCCGCGGCCGAUCCUGUGAAGGUCCCACCCGUGCCCGGGUUACCAGACAACCCAUGGCCGCUCGUCCGCCGGUCCAGUCCUCAGAGGACAUCUGUUUAGCUCAGCUUGAGAUUGUGGCCGCGGGUGCGACCGGCAGAGGGCCGGCAGAGGGCCAGCAGAGGGCAGGUCGCGCACGCUCCUCUGGGGGCCGCACCCGCUCCUCUGGGGGCCGCGCCCGCUCCUCUGGCGGUCCUGGCCCUCAGCCGGUCGUGCAGUCGGCCGGCCCUCAGCGGGUUCUGCCGUCAGGGGGUCCUUUGCCGGUCCUGCCGACGGCCGCUCCGUUGCUGGUCCGGCCGACGGCCACUGCGACCCGCGGCCGAUCCUGUGAAGGUCCCACCCGUGCCCGGGUUACCAGACGACCCAUGGCCGCUCGUCCGCCGGUCCAGUCCUCAGAGGACAUCUGUUUAGCUCAGCCUGAGAUUGUGGCCGCGGGUGCGACUGGCAGAGGGCCAGCAGAGGGCCGGCAGAGGGCAGGUCGCGCACGCUCCUCUGGGGGCCGCGCCCGCUCCUCUGGGGGCCGCGCCCGCUCCUGUGGGGGUCGCGCCCACUCCUCUGGCGGUCCUGGCCCUCAGCCGGUCGUGCAGUCGGCCGGCCCUCAGCGGGUUCUGCCGUCAGGGGGUCCUUUGCCGGUCCUGCCGACGGCCGCUCCGUUGCUGGUCCGGCCGACGGCCACUGCGACCCGCGGCCGAUCCUGUGAAGGUCCCACCCGUGCCCGGGUUACCAGACAACCCAUGUCCGCUCGUCCGCCGUCUUACUGA